CAUCGGACAGUCUGUUUUGAGGAUUGUGGCUGCCGAAAUAGGUUGCAUUUCGCUAACAGCCAAUAUGGGCUAUAAAUGACGAAGUUAAAUACAGGUUCAUGCCAACGGUUCGAACACGUAUGCCAAACAACUCAUUGAAAUAAUUUGUGUAAAUGUAAGUCGUUGGGUAAACAGCUGGCAAGACAUCAACGAUGCAGUUCUCUCCCACCAACGGAGAUUUUACCUUCGUCUCAUCGGCUGACGCUGAAGAGCUCAGCGGCACUAUUGAUGCUCCAGAUAUUAAGCUAAAUAUGGGCAGUGAUAAUGGAAAAGACGCCUAUGCCACGACCUUUCUGAGACAGCGAGGGUAUGGCUGGCUUCUGGAAGUCGAGGAGGAGGACUCUGAAGACACUAAACCCCUCCUUGAGGAGCUCGAUAUUGACCUGAAGGACAUAUACUACAAGAUCCGUUGUGUUUUGAUGCCAAUGCCCUCUCUGGGCUUCAACCGACAAGUGGUACGAGAUAAUCCAGACUUUUGGGGACCUCUUGCAGUGGUGUUACUGUUCUCCAUGAUAUCCAUAUACGGCCAGUUCAGGGUUGUCUCUUGGAUCAUUACAAUUUGGAUAUUUGGAUCAUUGACCGUUUUUCUACUUGCAAGAGUGCUCGGUGGAGAGGUUUCAUAUGGACAGGUCCUUGGAGUGAUAGGAUACUCAUUGUUGCCACUUAUCGUCAUAGCCCCUUUGCUCUUAGUCAUUGGGGGAUUUGAUAUUGUCUCAACACUAGUAAAGCUUUUUGGAGUAUUCUGGGCCGCUUACAGUGCUGCUUCACUUCUCGUUGGAGAUGAAUUUAAAACGAAGAAGCCUCUUCUCAUCUACCCCAUAUUCCUCCUGUAUAUUUACUUCCUAUCCCUGUAUACUGGUGUCUGAUGAGGCACUUUAAAUGGACAUUCACAUGUAGCACCAUAAGAAGUGGUGGAGAUGCCCAGAAGAUUGAGUCCUCCAGACGAAAGGACAUUUUUUCUUCUUCUACAUUACUUUUAAAAAAAGAAUAAGGUCAUGAUUUUUAUUACCCUGUGGACAGACUUGGAAAUAGGGGCCGAACAUUUUUUGUUGUUGUUGUUGCUAAGGUGUUUAAACUCAUAUGUUUUUUUGUUUUUUUUUCACUCAAUAAAACACCUUUGCAUUUUAUUUGUAAUCCCUGUAGAUGUUUUUUUUUUAAAGAACUUUUUUUUAGUUUCAGAAAAUGUGCAAAAAAUCGAUUGGGGAACACAAGUGAAUAUGAUUUAAUCUUCCCUCAGUGUACUUUUACUUUUUUUUUUUUUUUAAUUUGUUCAGAUGAUUCAGUCACGCAGACAUGACAAGGAAAUUAAUUUUUCUUACCUUGCUUUUUGGGGAGAGGAUAGUAUUUAUGUGACUUCAAUUCCAAAUCCGGUCUAAAUGAGAUAACUGGAAGACAGUAGGUGUGUAAUAAACAAUGUCUGCUAAUUAA